AAACUCUUCUUCUCCUCCUUGUAUUUUUUUCUCUCCAAAUCCCUAAAAUAUCUUCCCUAAAAUCCUUCUUUUUUUUCCAGAUUUACCCUCACCAGUUUUCAGAAUUCACAUCUACGGAUAAAGUGGUGUAUUAUUAUUGUCUUCUUCACUGUUUAAUAGUGAAAUCUACAACUGCCAUAAGCUGGUUAUAACAUUAAAGGGAGUAGCUUGAAGCUCUAAGUUAUAUGGCUUCUUCAAGCACAAGGUGGAUUGAUAGUCUUCAUUUCUCUUCAUUAUUUUGGCUUCCUCCACAAGAUGCAGAGCAGCGGAAGGAUCAAAUUACCGCGUAUGUUAAGUACUUUGGUCAGUUCACAUCAGAACAAUUUCCUGAAGAUAUAGCUGAGCUCAUACGGAACCGGUAUCCAUCGAAGGAGAACCGACUUUUUGAUGAUGUUUUAGCAACUUUUGUUCUUCAUCACCCGGAGCAUGGGCAUGCUGUAGUUCAUCCAAUUAUUUCAUGCAUCAUUGAUGGUACACUGGAGUAUGAUAAAAGUAGUCCACCUUUUGCUUCUUUUAUAUCAUUGGUUUGCUCAAGGAGUGAGAAGGAAUAUUCUGAACAAUGGGCUCUUGCAUGUGGAGAGAUUUUACGUAUACUAACACACUACAACCGCCCAAUUUUCAAAGUUGAUCGUCAGGACAAUGGAACAGAUAGAAGCACCAGUGGAAGCCACACUUCAACAAGUAAAUCUUCCUGUAGUGAACCUGGUGUGCCUUCUAUACAACAUGAGAGAAAACCUAUAAGACCAUUGUCUCCAUGGAUCACUGAUAUAUUGCUUGCUGCGCCACUAGGGAUUAGAAGCGAUUACUUCCGUUGGUGUGGCGGUGUUAUGGGAAAGUAUGCUGCUGGAGAUCUCAAGCCCCCAUCAAGUGCUGCUUCUCGUGGGUCUGGGAAGCAUCCACAACUACUGCCUGCAACUCCAAGGUGGGCUGUUGCUAAUGGUGCUGGCGUUAUUUUAAGUGUUUGUGAUGAGGAAGUUUCUCGCUACGAGACUGCUACCUUGACUGCAGCCGCUGUUCCUGCACUUCUGCUUCCACCUCCAACAACGCCUAUGGAUGAGCACCUCGUUGCAGGACUACCACCACUUGAGCCAUAUGCACGUUUAUUUCAUCGAUAUUAUGCAAUUGCAAGUCCAAGUGCCACACAGAGGCUUCUUGUUGGACUUUUAGAAGCUCCACCAUCUUGGGCUCCGGAUGCACUUGAUGCUGCGGUACAACUAGUGGAACUUCUGCGAGCAGCUGAAGAUUAUGCAUCUGGAUUGCGUCUUCCUAGGAAUUGGAUGCACUUGCAUUUCUUGCGUGCAAUUGGAAUUGCCAUGUCCAUGAGAGCAGGAAUUGCUGCAGAUUCUGCAGCAGCUUUACUUUUCCGAGUACUUUCUCAACCUGCUUUGCUAUUCCCCCCCUUGAGGCAAAUUGAAGAAAUUGAAGUUCAACAUGAACCUCUGGGUGGCGACACUUCAUGUAAUAAAAAGCAGAGAGAAGUGACUGCUGCAGAAGCCACAGUAGAAGCCACUGCCCAAGGGAUUGCAUCAAUGCUUUGUGCACAUGGUCCGGAGGUUGAAUGGAGAAUAUGUACCAUCUGGGAAGCUGCUUAUGGAUUGAUUCCUUUAAGUUCAUCUGCAGUUGAUCUCCCUGAGAUUGUAGUUGCCACCCCUUUACAACCACCCAUUUUGUCAUGGAACCUGUAUACACCCCUUCUUAAGGUUCUUGAGUAUCUUCCUCGUGGGAGUCCAUCUGAAACUUGUCUUAUGAAAAUAUUUGUUGCAACCGUCGAAGCAAUUCUUCAGAGAACGUUCCCGCCUGAUUCCUCUAGAGAAGAAACCAGAAAAACCAGAUAUGUUUUCGGCCCUGCCUUCAAAAAUCUUGCUGUGGCAGAACUGCGAACCAUGGUUCAUUCAUUGUUCUUGGAGUCAUGUGCCUCUGUUGAGCUUGCAUCUCGACUACUUUUUGUUAUCUUAACAGUAUGUGUCAGUCAUGAAGCAAAACCAAAUGGGAAUAAAAGGCCUAAAGGUGAAGAUUCUCACCCACCUAGUGAAAUCGGGGUAGACACUCCGGCAACCAUCGGAAAACAAAGACCAAUAGGAAGUAAGAAAGUGAAAAAACAAGGACCUGUUGCAGCAUUUGAUUCUUAUGUCCUUGCUUCUGUCUGUGGACUUUCUUGCGAACUUCAGCUCUUCAGUAUGAUUUCAAGAGGGCCUAAUCAUCCAGAUCCAAAAAUCAUCAUGGAUGAAGCCAAGCCUGCAAAUGAUUCAUCUAAUGAGCUACGAAACGGGAUUCAUUCUGCCGUCUCUCAUACUCGGAGGAUGUUGGAAAUUCUAGAGGCACUUUUUUCUCUUAAACCAUCAUCUGUUGGAACCUCAUGGAGCUUCAGCUCAAAUGAGAUAGUUGCUGCAGCUAUGGUAGCUGCUCAUAUUUCUGAUCUGUUUAAACGCUCCAAGGCCUGCAUGCACUCUCUUUCUAUUUUGAUACGGUGCAAGUGGGAUAAUGAAAUUCAUUCCAGGGCAUCGUCAAUUUAUAACCUAAUUGAUAUUCAUAGCAAAACUGUUGCAUCAAUUGUCAACAAGGCUGAACCAUUGGAAGCUUAUCUAAUACAUGCACCAGUUCUGAAGGAGCGACCUAGAUGCUUGAAUGGGAAAAAGCAUUAUAAAUACACUAGUCGUAAUUGCUUAACAUCAGAACAGCCAUCAGGGCCUCUGUGUAAAGACUCCUAUGAUUGUAAAAGUUCACUUGUGUGUGAGAAAGCUUCAGACUCAAGUUCACACUCUAGUGAGAUUGCUGGGUGCACCAUCAGCAAAGUGUUUGCAAAUUUCUCCUUGGAUGCUACAGACUUGGCCAAUUUUCUUACAAAGGACAGGCAUUUUGGAUUUAAUUGCAAUGCACAAGAUCUUUUAAAAUCAGUACUUGCGGAGAAACAAGAAUUAUGUUUUUCUGUUGUCUCAUUGCUCUGGCACAAGUUGAUUGCAUCACCUGAAACACAACCCAUUGCAGAAAGCACUUCCGCCCAGCAAGGAUGGAGACAGGUGGUUGAUGCACUAUGCAAUGUUGUAUCAGCGGCACCUGGAAAAGCUGCAACAGCCAUUGUUCUUCAGGCUGAGAGGGAAUUGCAACCAUGGAUUGCUAAAGACGAUGACCUUGGUCAGCAAAUGUGGAGAAUUAACCAACGUAUAGUAAAAUUGAUCGCAGAACUGAUAAGGAAUCAUGAUAUAGCAGAAUCUUUGGUAAUUCUGGCUAGUAACCCAGACCUCCUUUUACGGGCCACAGAUGGGAUGCUUGUCGAUGGAGAAACAUGCACCUUACCACAGCUGGAGCUUUUGGAAGUGACAGCUAGAGCAAUUCAACCAGUGCUUGACUGGGGAGAAUCUGGACAGUCAGUUGCUGAUGGCCUCACAAACCUAUUGAAGUGUCGCUUACCUGCCACAGUUCGCUGUGUUUCUCAUCCAAGUGCACAUGUCCGUGCUCUCAGUACAUCAGUUCUUCGUGACAUUAUGUAUGCUGGUUCAGUAAAACCAAGUGCCAAACAAGCAGCAGAUGUAAAUGGCAUCCACAAUCCUGCUUAUCAGUACCUUGGCAUAAGCAUCAGUGACUGGAAAGCGGAUAUUGAGAAGUGUUUGAUGUGGGAAGCUAAUAGCCGGCUUGAAAAUGGAAUGUCUGCUCAAUUUCUUGAUACUGCUGCUAGGGAAUUAGGCUGUACUAUAUCAGUCUGAAAACUCACUUUUCUGGGGCAUAUAUUAGGUCUCUCUGUACCAUACCUAUCUUGUAAAAGUCACUUUUAGUUAGAAAAUAUAUUUUAGAGUCCUUUCACUCAUCCGUGAUUGUUGUACAAUGGCAUGUAGAUAGUCCCACUUGUUUUGUUUUUCAUUUGGCACAGAUUAUGUUUGUUGUACUUCCAAAUACAAACAUGAUUGUGGAAAUAAGUAGAUGUAGUUGUCUAAUAUUUGAGUGACCUACAAAAGGCUGGCUCAGCUUUAGAAUUGAAUUUUUCCUAUCAUGUAAUAACCGUCUUACUUUGUCUUGUACAUUCAGCAGAUAAAAAUCAUCUAUGCAGUUUUGUUUUCAUUUCA